AUGCAUCCAGUGAUAAAGGAUGCUUAUGAUCGCUGGACAAAGGCAAAUGAAAAAGCUCGAGUCUAUAUCUUGGCCAGCAUAUCUGAGAUCUUGGCCAAGAAACAUGAGGUUAUAGUCACAAUGAGAAAGAUUAUGGAAUCUCUCCAAGAGAUGUUUGGACAGUCGUCCUACCAACUCCACCAUGAUGCCCUCAAAUAUGGUUACUUAUACCUAAUGAGUCAUAAGUCUGAAGACCUUGAAAAGUUCAAGGAGUAUAAGGUUGAAGUUGAAAACCUCUUAGGUAAAACAGUUAAAAUGCUUCGAUCUGAUCAAGAUGGAGAUUACAUAGAUCAAAGAUUCCAGGAGUAUAUGAUAGAACAUGGAAUCCAAUCCUAA